AUGCAGCACCAGCAGCACCGCUACGCCCAGGUCCUCACCGACGAGUGCGAGGCGGAUUUGAAGGCUCCUGCCAACCCGCAGGAGGCCUGUCCCAAGAACUGCCCCUUCAGCGCCGAGAUCAACAACCCAAAAGAGUACUGCCACUUCAAGUGCGUCAAGCCGGAGGAGUGCGGAACCAAAGGAACCAUUCCUAACCAGACCAUCCCGGAGAAGGAGAAGGUGAAAGAGAACCCCUACUGCCGGUACUGCGAAGUGGAAGCUUGCGCCCGAUGCACUUCCUCGAAGCCUGGUGAGGAGGACGAAGCGGUGGAGCACUGCGAGCAGUGCAUGACAGGAUACACUUUGUCGGAAGACAAGAAGGAGUGCGUCAGCCACGGCGACGACGUCUUUCUGGCGCUGGCCGCGGUUGGCGUCGUGGGAGGGCUUUUGGGGGCGGCCUGGUACACGAGCCUGGCCAUGAAGAGCACCGUCAACCCGGACGGUCUCAAGUAUGCUCAAGCGAGCCAGAUGCGAAUGAUGGUCACCCAGGACCACCAUGGAGACGAGGGCCAGCCUUACCCGUUCGACACCAACCUCAUGUCCGCGCACGUGGCGGGGCCUGGAACGACCGCGCUCUUCCGCUUCCAGGGUGCCGUGCUCAUCUGGGGCUUCCUCGUGCUUGGCCUUUGGUUCGGUUUCGUGCUCUUUGUUAGCAAGGACCUGCUCAUCCUCGGAAACCGCGCAGCAACCACGCCGCGCCAGCUGUGUGAGGUUGUCUUUUGGGGGCGCCACAGGCAGAUGGAACUCGUCUGGACAAAGUGCGUUUGGAUCCUCUGUGCCUACCUGCUGGGUACCAUAGGUGCUGUGGUCUAUGGGGUCAUGAUGGCAAAGUACUUCGUCCAGUAUGACAGCGAACGCGCCACCCUCUCUGACUACGUUGCGGUGCUGGAGGGCGUGCCAAAGAUCUCGGGCGAGGAGCCCGCGGAGGAUCUGUUGAAGAAGGCCGUGGAGGAUGCGGUUGGUGAAGAGGUGGCCAAGGAUGUUAUUGCCGUCUCCGUCGGCUGGGACUUCUCCCAGUACAUCUCCCAGGUGAGACACUUCAUUGACGAGGAGGCAGGGAAUGGUUGCAGGUCGCAGAUUUUCACGCCGAGAAUGGCGAGCCAAAAGAAAUCCCUGAGGGCAGCGGCGACGAAGCAUCUCGUCUGA